AGUCAUACGUAUAUUGUUACGUCAUAUGUGGGCGACUCUGCUUCUUGUUAUUUUUUUAUAAGUCAAUGAACCCCCGGAGCUAAAUCGUCGAUAAUGUUCGCUGGUAAAUAAUUUACGGAGAUGCAUCCAAGCCGACACAUAAACGAUGCUCACUCCAGCCCCGGAGGGUACCCCCCCAUGUUCCUUCGUCAGCUGAGCUCCUUCAGCUCGUCCUUCCUUCCUCGCGGCCGUCCUCCUCUCUGCAGGGCUGCUGGCUUCAGGAGCAGCGGUGCCUCCUCCUCCUCCUCCUUCCCGCGCUGCACCCCCGCUCCUCAUCCAUGGUGCUCGGUGCGGGGAUUUCCCCCCCGGCCUCCUGGACUCCCCCGCUGCCCCCCAGCUGCCCAACGGGUCUUCUCUGGUCGGACGUUACCCCCUCGGAGCAUCAGACCGGGCACCUUUGGCGGCAGCUGGCAUCCGUUCUCCACCUCUGCCGGCCUCAUGAUGGAGCAGCCCGACAGAGAGCCUCCGCACAAACGGAGGAAGAGUGCGGAGGAGAGGAGGAGCGCUGAAGAAACCAAACACCAAGGAGGAGGACACGGGGCGAAGGCAGGCAAGGCCAGGGACGGAGGCUCCAUGAAGGAGCACCAUCACCGGGACUCCAGCACAGACAGCCGCCCUCGACCACACCACGGCUUCAAAGAUGGAGGUAAAGACAGAGGGACGAAGGGAGCUGGAAGAGGCCCCGGUUGGACACACUGCAGAGACAAAGACGUAGUAAGGACUAAAACCGGGAAUAAAGACUCCCAGCCUCAAACUCCCAAGUGGAAACAGGAUAAAGUUCCCGUGCACAGACCAAACCCCUGGUUCAAAGGCGGGGCUGCAGAGGAACGGGGAGGGGGCUGGGAGAGGAAAACAACCCCCCCCCCACCAGAGGGACAGUUCAGAGACAGAAAUAGUGAUGGUGGGCCGUGGACGGGGCUUCUGUCCCAGCAGGGAGACAGAACCGAAGCCAGCAGGCAGCCUCCUCCAACUGGAACCUGUCCACCUGUUGGACAACAGGAAGACGCCAAACCAGAGAGAUGUCUUCAGAGACACUGGGAGACCCUUCCUGUCUGCAGCGCCGACACCCAACCACCAGGGGACAGCACAGCGUUUGACUUCUCAGUGAUGUCCUACAACAUCCUGUCUCAGGAUCUGCUGCAGGACAACGCCUACCUGUACCGACACUGUCAGCCUGGUGUCCUGCCCUGGGACCACCGGCUGCCCAACCUGCUGGCUGAGAUCCAGCAGUACAACGCUGAUGUGAGCGGGUUGGAUCUCAAGAAGCCUUGAAGAUGGCAGAAUGUAGAAGCAACAGGAUUUACACUCGAUGGUCAAAAGUAUUUAGACAACUCAAUAUUGUUUAAACAUUUAAUCAAUGAUUGGC